CUCAGUUCCUUUCUCCAUCUCUCCAUUCUCCAUCUCAAUUCUUCCUCACAAAAGACCCGACAAAAGAUUAUUAACUCAAUAUGGAUUUUUUUUCACACAAACUCAUUUUCAAAUAAAAAUUCAUACUUAAACCAAAUCACCCAAGAAUCCAUUUAUCAAUUACUUCAACACAAUUGGGCAGAAAUUGGAGCUCAAUUAUGGCUAUAAAUAGCCAUGUAAAUGUUGCCUCCCUGAAAUUACCACAUACCACACACCACCAUUCUAUCUUCCACCAUCUUCAUUCUACCGGAAAAUUGCCGGGAAACCGCUACCCAAAAACCCCACUCAGAACCCCUGUUUUUUUUCGCAACCCUCUCUCUUACCCCUCUGCUUUCGUUCAGCCACCACAGCACCACCACCCUCCACCGACGUCCAUCACCACUACCACCUGUGAUGUCGCCUGCUUCUGUGCUAACCAACAACCACCGCACCGCCAACCAAGUCGUGUUCCUUCUCCGUCGCUCAGCUUCCUCUCUCUCUUCCUCGCCCAAUUCGCUCUCUCUCUCUCCUAUGCCUGGUCUGCUGCACGCACCGCCCAACACCACGGACCACCGUCGUGCCUUACGUUCUGCCUCGCAUCGCCGAUUAGUCGCCGAGCUUCGAGCUUCUUCUACUGCUCUCUGGUUCGACGGUGUUUGGUGGAAGCAGAGAUUAAACGGAAAGGAUAUUACAGCCUCCCCCGGCCUUCAAGGUUAUUAAGCAAGAAUCCAGGUAUGAGCAUAGCCAUUGCAAGUGCACUGUUAAUAAGGAACUUGUUCAAGGAAAAGUGUGCGGUAUCUGGUGUUGGAGAAAUUAUUAUUACUAUUUGAGUUGAGUAUUUAUGUAUAGUUAUUAAGGACUAUUUAAGGUUGCAUUGUAUUAGUGGGUCAUAUCCCACAAGCUUAAGUUCCAUUUCCGUUGCUAAGUAUGAACAAUUGUGUUUUAUUAAGGUUAUGAAUUUUCGGGGCGUUACAGUUGAAGUAAUCUUUGAUUACUUAAAAUGAUUUAAAAAUCAUAAACUUUGAUUUAUAAA